GGCGGAAGUCCCAUGGUUCCUCACGCGGGAUGGGGAGGAGGACGGAAACCAAAAUGGCGGAGUUGAAUUCUCUGAUGGACGGAGAGAUUCCUGCGGGCAGACAAGCCCUGCAGGAGUCACAGUUCAACUUACAGAGGGUCGCCGACUACUGCGAGAACAACUACAUACAGAGCCAGGACAAGAGAACGGCACUGGAAGAGACGAAGAGCUACACCACACAGUCGUUAGCCAGCGUGGCAUACCAGAUCAACUCCCUAGCAACCAACAUGCUCCAGAUGAUGGACAUCCAGGCCAACCAGCUACAGAAGAUGGAGUCAGGCAUCAACCACAUCUCUAUGACUGUAGACAUUCACAAAGAAAAGGUGGCGAGGAGAGAAAUCGGCGUGCUGACGACCAACAAAACAGCGACAAGAACACACAAGAUCAUGGCGCCGGCGCGGCUCGACCGGCCCGUCAAAUACGAGAGAAAACUGAUUGACUAUUCCCUUCUGGACGAUGUCGGACACGGCGUGAAAAUCACUCAGUCCAAGACGCCACACAGAGCCUCUCUUAGAGUAGCCACCCCCACCACCCCUCCCGCAAUGCAACCCACCAACAAGUCGUCCGACUACAGAACGCCCCAGGUAGUUAGAACCCCGAUAGUUCCCAACGAGUACACGCCGUCGCCCGUAAACAACCGGCCAGGGUCGGUCUCGUCGCAGUACCAGAGAUCGUCACACGCGAGGUCGAUUAGCGCCCCUCCGCCAGUGGCCCCUCCACCCCCGCCAGGGUCUCAGCAGGGAAUGGUACAGUCCAUGGGUCAGCAGGGGGACAUGGCAGCUGUCAAUCAUGGAGGUGGAGCCCCGCCCCCUCCCCCAGCGCCGCCCCCUAUGGUUGGUGCUGGGCAACAGCAGAUGAACUACGCCACAGUGCACAGAUCCAGUGGUCGGCGAGGCCAGGUUGACCACAGACCACCUGAGAUGACCGCUCCAGGUUACCGGACACUCCCCAACAUGCGCCGGUCGAACGUCCCAGCAGAGGAUCCAGGUUACAGAAUGAAUGCAGGGUCACAGGAAGACUCUGGGUAUAGGUACGGCUAUCGGACCAGCCAAGGCCCUGGUGGGGAGGAGCCUGGCUAUAGAAGGAUAAACGCCACCUCUCAGCUCCCCAUGGCUAACGGUGGUGUCGGCAUGAGGCCUCCUCACAUGCAACAAGUCUCACAAGCUUCAAUUUCCCCCACCCCUCCUCCACCGCCACCACCCGACAUGGAGAACGACAUGUUUGAUUACGGACACUCCCACACGCCGCCCCCGCCCCCUCCGCUAGGACGCGAUAACGACGACAACUGGAUGCCUGCACAGUUCUUAGAGAAAGUGGUUGCGGUGUACGAUUACGAAAGGGAACGAGAGGACGAGCUGUCGUUCAACGAAGGCCAGAUCAUCUACGUGAUCAAGAAGAACGAGGACGGCUGGUACGAGGGCGUCAUGAACGGCGCCCACGGACUCUUCCCAGGAAACUACGUGGAACCUUUAGGAACGUAAAGCGUUCGCUAGACCUUCUAGAACAAGUGGGCAGAAUUCCCGCGGACAGAAUGAGAAGUCUAAUCUUUGAGGAAUAUUGUGGAAAAAUGUCCAUGGAAUGAUAAGUGAACAGAUUCUCAGGAAUUCCCAAGGUUUUCUGCCUGCUUUCGUAGAGAUAUUUACAGAUCAAUUAUGUUUAACUUAAUUAAGAGGAUGUGCAUAUUAUGUGAGGAGUGAAUUUGAGAAAGUCCAUUGACUUGUACAGAUUAUUGAUUCGGCCAGAAUUUCAUCUUGUUUGUAAUCAAACAAAUAAAGAUAAAGUGUUAUUAAGCCCUGUCAGCAGACAUCAAAUAUAUGAGUAGUUAUAUGAUACAUUCAUAUUUUCCAUGCCAAAAGAUUCAUUCUUGCAACAGAGAAACAAAGUAUUGCUUUUUGUGUUGUAAGAUACACAAACUAUUUUGGAACUUCAAAGAACAUGUUUUCUUAGUUCAAUAGAUUUUUUUAGAAGUUUGUGGACAUUUCUAAGGAAUUUCUUCCUCCAAAAUGCACUGAGCAAAAUAAGUGAUUGUUGAUGUGGACAGAUAUUGUAUAUAUAUAUGACAUUGUAUAUCUAUACUGCCAUAGCUAUUGAUAUGUCAUGGUGCAUACGGUGACACUAGUGUCAACUUCUCCUGCUUUGGAGUCAUUGUGACGAUGAUGUCAAAUUCGGACACUUUUUGUGCGUGCUUGUGUCUCUUUCCACGUGCUAUGGAAUUUCUCGGAAUUCUGAAAGAAAAGCACCUCUUCCAGCUCUUUUCUACUGAAAAGCAGUCAUAGGUCCUAGUCUAGCUUCAGCUGAAAAUUUGUGAAGUGGCCCUCAACACUUCUGUGCUAAUACCCCCCUCACAUGUAGCAAAAAUCCAUCGAAGGACGAGUCUGCGAG